AUGGAUGAAAAGUCGGACGUGGAGGUUCAUAGAAUCCACGUCCGGAAGAUUCUUACAUUUUUGCGAGAGCAAAAGUUGUUCGUGAACCUCAAGAAGUGUACAUUCGCAGCGAACACAGUACCACUUCCUGGCUGCAUCGCGGGUAAAAACGGCGUCCGCUCUGAUCCGGAAAAGAUCAAGGCGACUGACGACUGGCCUGUGCAAGUCGACGUCAAGGGGCUUCGAAAGUUCCUUGGCUUAGCGUCGUACUUGCACAAAAACUCGAGCAACUCCUUGAGAUGA